GCUGCAAUAGAAGAAGCUGAAGGAGAUUUUGCUGAAUUGGAGUCAAAACUUGAAAAGGUUGUGAAGCUAUGCAUUGGAAUGAUAGAUGCUGGAAAGAACUUCUGCAAUGCCAACAAACAGUUUGUGAAUGGAAUUCGUGAGCUUGCCCAGCAUUCCACCAGGGAUGAAGUCAUUGAGAACAGUCUAAUGAGGUUUUCGGAGAGCCUUCUGGAGAUGGUUAAUUUUCACACCAUUCUGUUUGACCAAGUCCAAAGAUCCAUCAAGUUACAGCUUCAGACAUUUGUUAAAGAGGAUCUUAGAAAAUUUAAGGAAGCAAAGAAACAGUUUGACAAAGUCAGUGAAGAGAAGGAAAAUGCAUUAGUGAAAAAUGCUCAAGUUCAAAGAAAUAAGCUGCAUGAAGUGGAAGAGGCUACCAACAUUUUAACAGCAACGCGUAAAUGCUUUCGGCAUAUAGCACUGGACUAUGUACUGCAGAUCAAUGUCCUUCAGUCAAAGAGAAGAUCUGAGAUUUUAAAAUCAAUGUUGUCUUUCAUGUAUGCCCAUCUUACAUUCUUUCAUCAAGGAUAUGACCUCUUUAUGGAACUGGAGCCUUAUAUGAAGGACCUAGGAGCACAGUUGGAUAAACUAGUUGUGGAUGCAGCUAAAGAGAAGAGAGACAUGGAACAUAAGCACUCUACUAUCCAACAAAAGGAUUUCUCCAGUGAUGAUCCUAAAAUGGAAUUUAAUACUGAUGCUGCCAAUGGCAUUGUCAUGGAAGGAUACUUGUACAAACGAGCCAGUAAUGCCUUCAAAACGUGGAACCGGAAAAAGACCCCCCACAUCAGGCGCUGGUUUUCAAUUCAAAACAACCAGCUUGUUUACCAAAAGAAAUUUAAGGAUAACCUCACUGUUGUGGUUGACGAUUUACGACUUUGUACAGUCAAACCUUGUGAGGAUAUUGAAAGACGUUUCUGUUUUGAAGUAGUCUCACCUACAAAGAGCUGUAUGCUGCAAGCAGAUUCUGAAAAAAUCCGACAAGUUUGGAUCAAAGCUGUCCAAGCAAGUAUAGCUACUGCAUACAAGGAGAAAGGAGAAGAAAGCUAUGCAGAUAAAUUGGAUAGAAGAUCCUCCCCCUCUACCAGCAGUCUGGACUCUGGGAGUGAAUUGAAGGAGCGGCCAGUGAAAGGUGAAAGUGCACUGCAGCGUGUGGAGUGCAUUCCUGGCAAUACCAAUUGCUGCGACUGUGGCCAGUCAGACCCACGAUGGGCAAGCAUUAAUCUGGGAAUCACUCUCUGCAUUGAAUGUUCAGGAAUUCACAGAAGUCUGGGAGUCCACUUUUCUAAGGUGCGUUCCCUUACUCUGGAUUCUUGGGAACCUGAGCUCUUAAAACUUAUGUGUGCGUUAGGAAAUAACGUUAUAAAUGGAAUAUAUGAGGCACAAGUGGACGAAAUGCACUUUAAGAAACCAAAUCCAGGCGACCCAAGGCUCGAGAAGGAAAGUUGGAUCAAAGCAAAGUAUGUUGAAAAGAAGUUUAUACAGAAAGCCCAUAGUUAUACUUCAAAAAGAAGAGAGAACGUGUUACCACUGACCAGUCAACUUGAGGACACACUUGAAAAAUCAUCCAAACUUCUUUCUGUACCAGGGACCACUUCCAAAAUUCCAGCUGCUGUUAGUAACACUGAGCCACGUCGGGAGUCUCUCUUCUGUCCAGAUGAGCUAGACUCGCUAUUCUCCUACUUUGACACCUCUUCAAAAUCUAAUAGUAGGGUAAAAAAUUCUGACAGUGGUGUGCCAAAUAGCUCGGAUGGGAACAAAGAUGUGGUAAUGUCUUUGACUUCCAAUAACAACUUGCCUGAGACAGAAGUUUUGGAACCAUCUACAUUAGAAGAAGGUGGUAGGGAUUUGUCUGUCUUCCAUGAAGUAAAAAUGAUUGCUCCAGGAUUACAGUUGUACAAUGCUGCUCAUGUUCGAAGUCUUCCUGAUAUGGCAGAAGCAUUAGCCCGUGGAGCUGAUGUGAAUUGGGUUCAUCCUGAAGAUAAUAACGCUACUCCUCUUAUUCAGGCUGUUCUGGGGGGUUCUUUGGUUGCCUGUGAAUUCCUGCUACAGAAUGGAGCAGAUGUAAAUCGCAGAGACUGCCAUGGCAGAGGGCCACUGCAUCAUGCCACCAUCUUGGGGCACACGGGACAAGUGUGUUUAUUUCUGAAACGAGGAGCUGAUCAAGAUGCAUUAGAUGAAGACCAGAAAGACCCACUCACUAUUGCUGUAGAAGCAGCAAAUGCAGAUAUAGUUACGCUAUUGCGCCUGGCAAAGAUGAAUGAUGAGAUGCGAGAAUCUGAAGGCCUUGGACAGUCAGGUGAUGCAACCUACCAGGAUAUUUUCAGAGAUUUUUCCCAUAUGGCCUCUCAUAACCCUGAGAUAUUAAACCGUUUCCAGCGGAGAUCGGAGAACGAUUAAAUUUUUACUGCAUUUCUUAAGAGAAUUGCAUUUGUUCUUUUGGUGCAAUCAUCUUGAAGCAUAUUGAUCAACUCAUUUCAUUAUGAACAUAUAAAGUCAUUUUGGUGUGUGUGUGUGUAUAUAUAUAUAUAUAUAUAUAUAUAUAUAUAUAUAUAUAUAUGUACACACACACACACACACACACACACACACACACACACACACACACACACACACACACACACACACACACACACACACACACCAAAAAUGAAUUUUAAAGUUUUAAGGAAAGCAAUUGUAAAUGAAGGAUCCUUUUCUUGUGUAUUCACACACACACACACACACACACACACACACACACACACACACACACACACACACACACACACACACACACACACACACACACCAAAAA